UGGUCCUUUUUGGCUUUUGUAGAUUUUUUUGUUUAUCUCCUGAUGUUUCUGUGAUUUGCAGAAGGCUUGGAGAGAUAAGAUUACUAAGCCCUAUGAGGACUAUCAAUGUGGACCUUGUCAAAACUCAAUAAAAAGAAAAUUAAAAAAAGAAGAAGAAGGAAAUCCAAACACAAGCAGACUGUGGCUAAGGUGGUCCCCAAUGUGCACGUUAAUGUUUAUUGAUUUUUGAACUGUAACUGCACAGUGUGCUCCGUAUUCUCCAUAAGGCAUCUCAAAAAAAAAAAACAGACAAAAAAAAAUCUAAUAAGAAUAAUUAAAUAAAUAAAUAAAAAUGAAAAAUAAUUAGAAUAAAGAGAAAAUAAAGGGGGAAAAAACACCAAGUUCUCUCAAACAGACCAUCAUUACCCUUCACUCGUGCCAUUAGUCUUUCGUGGUGCCACUGCGUGACUGGGGAGGUUUGUCACUUAUCCACUGCUUUAAAAGCGAGGAGAAGGAGUUUGUCCUAUAGUUUGAAGCCAUAUUUACUCAGGGACAAUGUUUUGGAUGGCAAGCUAAGUAUGAAGAGGCCUCUUUGGUUAUUUUUAGUGAACAUUUUUGCUCACUUCCUGUGCAAUAUUACUCCAGAAUUUUAGAGCUCUCUUGACUUAGUGCAGUCCCAUGAAUGAGUCCAGUUUUUCCUGAUUUUCUCUGCAGUUCCUUAGAACGUGUGCAGACGUCUUCAGACUUCUUCCCUUCCUGGUGUUCAUCAUUGUCCCCUUCAUGGAGUUCCUGCUUCCCGUAGCACUGAAACUGUUCCCCAACAUGCUGCCGUCCACCUUCGAGACAAAGACAAAGAAGGAGGAGAGGUUGAAAACGGAGCUGAGGGUCAAACUGGAGAUGGCCAAGUUCUUGCAGGACACCAUCGAGGAGAUCGCCCUGCGAAACAAAGCUGCCCAGAGCAACGUGACGGAGGAGUUCUCCAACUUCUUCCAGAAGAUACGGGACUCUGGGGAACGUCCCAGUAAUGAGCAGAUCAUCAAAUUCUCCAAACUGUUCGAGGACGAGCUGACUCUGGACAACCUGACCCGACCUCAGCUGGUGGCUCUGUGCCGUCUCCUGGAGCUCCAGUCCAUCGGGACCAACAACUUCCUGCGCUUCCAGCUCAUCAUGAAGCUGAGGGCCAUCCGCGCAGACGACAAGCUGAUCGCGGAGGAAGGCGUGGAGAGUCUGAACGUGAACGAGGUGCAGGCAGCCUGUCGCGUCAGAGGGAUGAGAUCUCUUGGAGUCACAGAAGAUCGACUGAGAGAGCAACUCGGCCAGUGGCUGGAGCUGCAUCUGAACCAGCAGAUCCCCACGUCCCUGCUGCUGCUGUCCCGAGCCAUGUACCUCCCCGACACCCUGUCCCCCGCCGACCAGCUGAAGACGACACUGCAGACGCUGCCUGAGAUUGUGACUAAGGAGGCCCAGUUGAUGGUGGCAGAGAUGGAGCUCUCCAAAGUGGACAAUAAAGCCAAGCUGGAGACCACAUUACAGGAGGAGGCGGCCAUACGCCAGGACAACAAGGACAGGGAGAUGGAGAGGUUGGCGGACGCUGCAGAGAAGGCUGCCAGG